AUGUUGAAGCAUUUCUACGUGAUAUCAAACAUCAUGAACAUUUUGUUCUUGUCACUUUUAGUAGUAAUAUCAACAUCAUGCGUAAGUUGUUUUUACAUAAGUGAUGAAUAUUGCAAUCCUCAAGCAUCAACUUUGAUAAAAUCAUUUUGUUUAGCAACAUCUUUAGUUUACUACAUCUUCAUGAGUAGACCAAACAAAAUAUACCUAGUAGAUUUCUCAUGUUACAAACCAGGCAAAAACUGUCUUUGCACCAAGGAAAUGUUGAUGGAAAGAGCAAAACUAUUUGGUUUUCUUUCCGAGGAAAAUUUCAUUUUGAUUAAUAAGAUAUUAGAUAGGUCAGGUGUUGGACCAAAGACUUACGUUCCUGAAGGGUUGUUGCAAAUUCCACCAAAAUUGACUCUAGAUGAAGCGAGACAUGAGUCAAAUUUGGUUCUCUUUGGAGCUGUGGAUGAGUUGCUUGAGAAAACAUGUGUGGAGGCUAAGGAUAUUGGGAUACUUGUGGUGAAUUGUUGCUUGUUUAAUCCAACACCUUCACUUUCUGAUGCUAUUGUUAAUCAUUAUAAACUUAGAGGAAAUAUUUUGAUCUAUAAUCUUAGUGGUAUGGGAUGCAGUGCUGGUGUUAUUGCAGUGGAUUUUGCCAAACAGCUACUUCAGGCACACCCAAAUUCAUAUGCAUUAGUGCUAAGUACAGAAAAUGAAAUCUCAAGCAUAUACAAAGGCAACAAUCCUUCAAUGCUGCUUACUAAUUGUCUCUUCCGAAUGGGCGGAUCGGCAGCCCUACUCUCGAGUCACCCGUCCGAUCGCCACCGCUCAAAAUACCAGUUGAUGCAUUCGUUGCGCACUCACGUAGGCGCGGACGAUAAUAGUUACAAAUGUGUCUUUCAAGAAGAAGACGAAAAAGACAUUGUAGGCGUUUCAUUGUCAAAAGACCUCAUGAAUGUUGCUAGAGACGCGCUUCGCGUGCACAUUACGUCGCUCGGUCCAUUAGUCCUCCCGAUUUCGGAAAAGUUGAAAUAUGUAAAAAAUUUAAUCGAGAGAAAGGUUUUGAAGAGGAAGAUCGAAGCGUACAUGCCUAACUUCAAGUUAGCGUUUGAUCAAUUUUGCAUCCAUACGGGCGGAAGAGCGGUUCUCGACCGAAUGCAAAAGAGUCUUGAGCUUGAUGAUUUUCUUAUGGAGCCAUCAAGGAUGACACUUUAUAGAUAUGGUAACACUUCAUCAAGUUCUAUUUGGUAUGAAUUGUCUUAUUGUGAAGCUAAAGGGAGAGUUAAAAAGGGACAUAAAAUAUGGCAAAUGGCAUUUGGAUCUGGAUUUAAGGUUAACACAGCUGUUUGGCUUGCUUUGAAGAAUUGUGAUCCAACAUCAUUGAAAAAUCCAUGGAGGGAUGAGAUUGAUGAUUUUCCAGUUCCAAUGCACUGUUACAGAUCAAUGAAUAAAGCAUAG